UCAUCCAUGUGCGACUCAUAGCAGUCAACGUGCGUUUAACUGGCGACUUGAGCUUUCUGUAUUUGGGUGUUUAUUUUACUCUGUAUAACAUAUUUAUGCGAAAUUGAUCGCCUCUGAGACAAGUAAGAUGAGCGUUUCGAUGCCACAGAAACGUUAUUACCGCCAAAGGGCUCAUUCCAAUCCAAUGGCAGACCACACAUUCGAGUAUCCCGUGUGUCCAGAAGAAAUGGACUGGUCAGAGCUGUAUCCAGAGUUUUGCAGUCCACCUGAUGAACGUCAUGACUACGAGCCAGACAGGCCAAGAGCCAAAGUAGAGUUUGCCGACAUCGGCUGUGGAUACGGAGGACUUCUUGUUGAGCUGUCCCUUCUCUUCCCUGAUACACUGAUAUUGGGUCUGGAGAUCCGUGUGAAAGUGUCCGAUUAUGUCCAGGACCGCAUUAAAUCUCUCCGUGUUGCAGAGCCUGGUCGCUACCAGAACAUUGCUUGCCUACGUAGCAAUGCCAUGAAGUACCUGCCCAACUUCUUCACCAAAGGUCAGCUCAGCAAGCUGUUCUUCCUCUUUCCCGACCCGCACUUCAAGAGGACCAAACACAAGUGGCGGAUCAUCAGUCCCACGCUGCUGGCGGAGUAUGCCUACACUCUCCGCAUCGGGGGUUUGGUGUACACAAACACAGAUGUUGAAGAAGUGCAUCUAUGGAUGGUGAAGCACUUCACGGAACACCCCCUGUUCACACGUGUCCCAGAGGAAGAGCUGGUUGAUGAUGUCAUCAUUGGUCGCCUUGGCACAUGCACAGAGGAGGGGAAAAAAGUGCAGCGCAACAGUGGAAAGAACUUUCUAGCAGUCUUCCGUCGAGUGGACGAUCAGAGUUAAGAACAAAAUGUUCCACAGCCUAACAUCUCUGAGUGGACAUUCUCUAUGGUGAAUGGAUCAUCACCUGCCCACCACACCUGGUCAGCAGGUUACAGGUGUAUGACUGAAACUUUGGUGUCCCACUGUAGGUUUAAACACCGCAUAUGGGACCACCUACCAGUUAAGCAGCUCAGUAGCUGCCAUUCUCCACUGGAAGAGUGUGAGAGGGUUUUUUUUCCAGUUUGAAAUGAUCUGUGGAGACUUCAGUCUUAUUUUAUGUUUUCAAUAAAAAAAAUCUGUUCAGCAGGCAGUCUGCUUUUAGACAGGAGAAUUGCCUGUGCAUUUCUAUUUGAUUUAAGUGAACAGAUUUUACAUGUUGCAAUUCUUAGCCUCAUUAGAAUUGAACUUUUCUUUGAAUCCACUGUGAACUUUGACUGCGGAGGCACGUCCUUGUUCAACUUGGAUGAACUUGCGGCAGCUAGACGUUUUUUAGGGGAAUUUGGUUCUUUUUCUUUGUCGUCAUGUCAAUCGCUCCAUCCUUCCCCAAGUCUUUCUUCUUUUUUUUUAAACUGAAUUGUUGUUCCUAACCUCUGCCAAAGGCAGACUCCUAUUUUAGGUCAGGCCUCUGGGGGUUUCUCUGUUCCAGCCUGACACUGUGAACUGAACGGAAGAGUUGAUUUUGGACCAGAGCCUUAGAUGUAUCAGCUCAAGCUAAGAGAGAGCGAGAGAGAGAAAUUAAAGAAAAAAAGCAAGGGAUGGUGUAUGGGAGGGUUAGAGAGAAGGCGGCAGAAGAUGGAGAUAAUAAACAUGUAAGUGAAAAACGACCUAAAGUGAUGGCCAGCCCAACUUGUUAGUGUGAAGCCUUAGAGUCUUCUCCUAUCCUCUCCUAACCCGACCCUCACCACCGCCAGUUUCUUCCUGUAAAAUCUGUUUCAUGGGAAAUGUUACACAGAAUAGCUGCAGAUGGGUUGAGGAGGCAUAACUGGCACAUAUUGCUCUUAUCAUUAAGCAGUGAAAGGCCAAAACUGCUGAUUAUAUUUAGAUUUCUCACAGGGUGCCUGCUCGGUCAUGUUCACUCUAGAAAAUGAGGUGGGUCCAAUCCAAUCCUGCCAUUUUGAUUACCCAACGAUGACUUGAAGGAGGUUUGUGACACUUUUGGGCUUGACUGCCUGUCUGCCCAAAAGUGUCACAAAUUUGCCAUGUGAUGCCAAACAGGCAGACACCCUUCAGUCAAAUGUGAAACAGAUGCUGAUGUUUCUGAAUGGCCUUCUCAGAGAAUCCCCAAGCUUCAGCGGAAGCCAAAAAAAGUGCUGUCAACAUCGUCUCAGAAUAGGCAAGAGAAUUGGCGUGUCUGGUCAGAUGAGUAUCAGAUCAGAGUCAACCACUGCAUUCCACCAAGGCAAGCAAGCAACCGCCAGCGCCGCCAGCAAAGAGCCAUAAACAGGAAGAGUUUCGAAUACAUGCACUGACGGUGUACACUUGAUGGGGUUGAGUGAUUGUAAGGCUCAUGGUUCGUUAAUCCACUAUCUCAUUCCAACUCAAGAACACGGAGGACACAUUCCAGAGAUUGGAACAUUCUGGGUUUGAACUUGCAUACUAUCAGGUGUGUGGCCUGUGGCAGUGGCAUCAUGUCCAACCAUGCCAGCGAAGAACCCAUCUUUUUCCAUCAUGAGGUUAUUUCAUAUUUCAACAUUACUGUAAUUGUCCAUGCCAGUUGAUGGAGAAAAAGCCUGACCUAUGGUAUGGUGGUCAUCAAAUUUGUGCAAGUAGAUGUUUUUUUUUUUUUUAUAAAUGUCCACUUUAUUGGUGAAAAUCUAUUUGCCACUUCUUCUAAGAAGUUGUGUAAUGUGAAGGAUUUUUUCCCAUGUUGCCUGCCUGCUGUUUGGCCUCCAUGUUACUGGAUCAUUUGAGAAGGUAAUGAUAGAGCAUGAUGGUACUCUAGAGGUGCUGAGCAUACUAUUUAUGAGGAGACUCACUGGAGAGCACUGGGGCAGUGAGCGCCAGCCAGCAACUCAGCUGGGGACCAGUGUUGGGCUUUAUGAAGGGAAGCUACGUGACUACACAUGCCUCCACAGCCAGGGGGGUUGUAAUCCAUCCUCCACCACUCAAUUCUCUCUUGCUCACUUCUCUUGGGGGGGAGGGGGAAUCCCCUCUGCAUUCCGAAGACAAGGUGCCAUUGAUGCACUUGGAGACAAUCAUGGCGUUGUCUUUUUUUGACUUUCCACUCCUGUUGCUUUGCAAGGGUGCAUGUGCAGGUGUUUUUGCUUGUAAAUGAGGUUGAGAGACUUGCGCCUUGCAAUUGGCAACUAGCCAAGAGGUGCAAUGCAGUACACAUACAUGUAGUUGGCUGUGCAUGGCAUCCCACAAGAUGCCCCUGUUUUCUUUCUAGCCAAUCGGAUGCCCAACUCGGUGUGUUGAAACCUACACAGUGGUGUUCUCGUUUGGCCUACCUUUGGGAGUGAAGACUACAUAUGGAUGUCCUCACCACAACCUCUGAGCUGAGUAGCACUAUAGAUUAAAUGAUUUAAAAUGUGGAAAAUUACCUCCUUUAAUUAGGAGAGUGAGGGGGGGUGGGGUGCUUUAACAAAAACAGUCCUGUACCCUGUAAUUGACCAUAUGUGUUCAGCUUAAUUUUUGGGAAUACCAAAAUGAAAUCUAUAUGGAUGAUUUGUUAUUGUUAUAUAUUAAAUAUAAGGUCAACAGGGGACUUGGAUACAUUAUUAAAAUCCAAAAUGGGUAUGUAA